AUGCCUCCUCGAGCCCGCCCUAGGACCUCCCACUCGCCACUCCUUCUGCCGGGCCACAGACCUGCAAACAUGCCGUCGAAAGACGUUAACCCUCGUCCCGAAACUCACACUCACUCAGCUCCCAACUCCCAACCUGCAACUACACCCAAAUCCCCCUCCACUGGCAGGCCCGUGAAUGGUUGUCUCAUCGCCGAGAAUUGGCCACGGGGAGGAGACGAGCAUGUGGACACGGGUGAAGCUGAAUGUGGCCGGGUGAUCCCAUUCCCCUCGUCUUCUCCCCGACCCUCUGUCAGGGUCUGGGACUCCUUCGUUAAGACAAAUCGGCGGCGAGUCAGCCCUUCAAGGAGAUCUCAUGACCAGAUAGCCUCUCGCGAGGUGACCUUUGGGGUGAACUUUCCAUUCGUCCAGCAUACAGCUUCGCAGCCAAGGCACAUGCCAACGCCCCACCCGAGGCGACGAUCGCCCCAUUCGGCUCUGUUGGGCAAACUUUUCCGGCUCCAAAUGCCCCAACUGCACCAAAACACCAACUGCUUUCUCCAUCGUCUCGUCGGCUGGGCAAUUCACAGUGUUGUCUUCCUACCAGUUAUGCUCAGAGGGGGAUCAGAGUGA